AUGCGCUUCCCAGCCUUUUCUUCUCCCCCAUCCAUCUCUUCUCUCCCUCUCUCUCUCUUCCUUCCUCUCUCCGAGACAUUCAUUCUUGCUACAUUCAUCGGUUACUCGAUAGAUAUCUUGCAAAUCUCAACAAUGUCUUCCACUGACGUGACCAACAACCUCUCCGUCGCGACCCUCAACGACAGCCAGCAUGCUUCGGCUGGAUCUUCCAAAGCCGGAGGGCGAAAGCCCAAUGGUGGAGGAGGUCGCCGCCCUGGAAAGGGUGGUCCUGGAAAAGGCGGCCCUGGCAAUGACUCCAAGGUCAAGAAGCACCGGAAAUGGUGCAAUAUCUGUCGCCGCCAAGGGCAUGACACCCUUGAGUGCUGGCACUUACCUGGAACGCGGCGUCGACUAGGACUCGAGCUCCUGGACAGCCUUGUAACAAUUGCUUUCAAGACAUCCCAAGGAAAUCUUGCGCUGGCUUCUCAAGGUAUUCUUGACCAUCCUCCUCCUCCCGCCCAACAUGGGGGCCCUGCCUACCAGGCUCGCGACCCCCGGCCUGCCCAGCAGGACCAGAACCCAUCUCCCCGGCCUCCCAAUUCCCGAGCUCGUCGUGACGAGAGAAGGCGGCUAAACUUCGAGCAACGACUUUUGGAGCGUCAGCCCCAAGAGCCCCAGCUCGGGUCGCAGCAACAACUGCAACCACAGCAGCCACAGCAGGAGCUGGAAUCCCAGCGCCAGCAACCACAGCAGCAACAGCAGGAGCUGGAGUCCCAGCGCCAGCUAGAGCCGCAGACCAUGGAAUUGGAGAUAUCACCUCCUAGUGAGGGCCAAUGGUCUGAUGAAGUGGAACUCAGAGAGCAGCGGAAAGCCAAUGCCUCCCAGUUUUAA